CUGCACCGUGCGUACGUCGAGUCGCUGGCCGCAGGAAACCAAAAGAUCAGCGGCAGAGCAGGAGCAAGAAAAUAAGAAUUUCUUGUGUCAGUUUUGCGAAAGGUGUGCUGUGGGAGAGUGACAGCGCGUCCGAUGGUGUUUUGUUGAGGUAUUUUUGGGUGCAAAUACGAUCAAGGUUGGCAGGGAUAUGCCGGAUCAAGUGUGACAUUUUUAAUUAGUUGUCUUUAAAAAGAGGAUUUUUGAGUGGGAAGUGUACAAUUUUGUGUUUUUAGUGGUUUUAACAAUUAAUUCGUGUAUUAUGAUAAAUUAAGAUUAUUUUGAAAAAGUUUGGAUAUAUUUUAAAGAUGGACUGGAUAUACAUAGCCACCCUCUUGCUGUGCACCCCCGCAGCAAUCAACCCUCUAGAUUUUAAACCAUGCUCUGAGAUCUCCAGCGAGCUCUGGUUUCCGUGCGAAUGCGCCUUAGGGCCCGUCGAAGCCGAACUGGACAACAACCCUGCCAUUAGUAUAAACUGCGACAGGGUGGUUUUCCCAGGUGAUCUCCCUCAACUUCCGUUCGGAGCGCCGGUGGUCUCUUUCAGCCAAAGGUGGGCGGGACACCAAAGCUUACCAACGCAGGUGUUUUCAUCCACUGGGCUGCCCCUGAGGAAGAUAGACUUGUCGGGAAAUUCGCUAAGAAGACUCACUGAAAGGUUGCUGUCGGGUUUACAAAGCACGUUGGUGGAGUUGAAGUUGGCAGACAAUUUACUAGGGGAUACUUUGAACCCUAUUUUUUCCAGCAAUGAGUUGCAUGGGUUGAGCUAUUUGCAACAUCUAGACCUGAGUGGAAACCAAAUAAAAGCUAUCGAAGAAGGUAUUUUGGAAGGUUGCAAGAAUUUAAAAGAACUUAAUUUCGACAAAAAUAGCUUGUACUAUAUACCAAGUUCUUCUUUGAAUGGACCAGCGUCGCUUAGUAUACUAUCACUUAGAAGCAACAGAAUAGACAUGAUCAAGAGUGACGCCUUUAUCUCCCAACAAAACCUAGUAUACAUAAACCUUCAAAACAACAUCAUAUCCACCAUUGAAGGAGGCGCAUUCGAAGGCUUACAAAACCUACGAAAACUCAACAUAGCCCACAAUAGGCUUUCUAGAUUCAACAGUGAUGUUUUUCAAGGUGCAGACAACCUAAUGCUUCUUGAUCUAUCGAAAAAUUUCAUACAGGAGUUUCCAUCCAUAGCUUUGAAAGCGUUUGGUAGCCUGAGAUAUCUGAAUUUGUCAUCGAAUUUGAUACAGAGUUUGGACUAUAAUGAUCUGAAAUCGUUAACCAGUUUAUACGAAUUGAACCUAAGCAGAAAUAAUUUGGGCAACAUAUCACCAGGAACUUUCUUGGGCCUAAAACAGCUGAGAUCCCUUGAUAUCAGCGUCAAUUCCCUUAGAACAAUUGAAGAUGACGCUUUUGAGGGCCUUAACAACCUGGAACGCCUCAAUUUGAAGGACAACAAUAUUCUGCUAAUCCCGGCUUCAGCUUUGGGCAGACUACCAAAGCUGGCUUCACUGCAGCUGGACUAUAACAGAGUGGCAGCAUUAUCGGGAGAUAUCUUCAAAAGCAUCGCAGAAAAAGUGACCACGCUGGUUUUGGCGAAAAACGUCGUCAGAGAGUUACCUACAGCGUCAUUCCAGUAUUUCCAGCAGUUGGAAUAUUUGGAUUUAACGAGGAAUUUAUUGACGACUCUGAACACAGAUGCCUUCCAAGGUUUGGAGAAUACUUUAAUGCACUUGUAUUUAUCUGAGAAUAGGAUAAAUAGUAUAUCUGGUCAGCCUAUAGCGUUACUGAAGUUGAGGACUUUGGAUUUGAGUGAAAAUGAGUUAUAUGAACUCCCCAGGAACGUUUUUGCAUCACUUCCAGAACUGAAGCAUUUAAAUUUGAGUCACAACACUCACCUAACGUCUGUUCCGCAGAAUUUGCUGCAUAAAUUAACAGCACUUGAAGUACUAGACUUAAGUCAUACAGGCCUUAAGAUGAUACCAAAUGAGUUUACAGCGAAAUCAGCCCGCAUCAAGGAAAUUUGUUUAUCUAAUAAUGAUAUUACAGAAUUAUCCGAUGGCGCCUUCUCCAACCUACUCAACCUAACAUCUGUAGAUCUCUCUUAUAACUCCAUUAGCAACAUCAGACCAAGCGCGUUCGUAAACGUAAUGAACAUAAAAAGACUUAACCUCAAAGGUAACCAAUUGAGUUCCUUCAAAGGGGAAUUCUUCAACACCGGAACCAGUUUGGAGUUCUUGGAUAUAUCCGAUAACCAACUCUCCUAUCUAUUCCCGUCGUCGUUCAGAAUACAUCCAAGACUUAAAGAACUAAAAGCCUCCAACAACAAGUUUAAUUUCUUCCCCGCCGAGCUCAUAGCGACUCUGCAGUUCUUGAACUACGUCGAUCUAUCUGGCAACGCGUUAAAAACGGUGGACGAGUUGGAUUUCGCGCGCUUGCCACGUUUACGGUCCCUACUAUUGGCGAGGAACAACUUGGAGUCUGUGAGCGAGAUGGCUUUCCACAACUCGACGCAGUUGCAGAUAUUGGAUUUGAGUUACAACAAACUCGAUAGGCUUAGUGAGAGGACUUUCGAGGGGUUGGUCAGGUUGGAGAUGUUGGAUUUGGAGGGGAACGUUUUGAGUGAUUUGCCGGAGACUAUAUUUGAGAGGGCGAGGAUACAGAUGUUGGAGAACAUAAAUUUGGCUAGGAAUAAGUUUGAAGUGGCACCUUUAAAGUCGUUACAAAGGCAAUAUUUCUUUGUUUCAUCGGUGGAUUUAUCUCACAACAAGCUAAAAGAUAUACCAGCCGAUGAUAGUAUUAUGGUUAAUAUUAAAAAUCUCGACUUAUCUUUUAAUCCGUUGAGUUCGGAAGCUGUAACAAAUGUUUUGGGCGAACCUAAAACUGUUAGAGCGCUCAAUUUAGCUGGAACUGGUAUUACAGACGUGGCAAAUCUUGAAACACCUUUCCUGAACUACUUGAACUUAUCCCACAACAAUAUUUCGCACCUUAACGAAAAGAUUUUCGAAAGAACCACCUUAUUGGAAACUCUAGAUCUGUCCAAUAACAAAAUAAACGACGUAAGUAACUAUCCAAAGAUAUGGGACAUGUUACACAAUUUACAAUCUUUAAACAUAUCGUCCAACCCAAUCAACUCCGUAUCUCAACGCGACUUUGAUGGUCUGGACGCUUUGAAAUACCUCUCCAUGCAUUCGCUGGUCGAAGUUGUGAGAAUCGAGAAAAACGCCUUCAAAUCUGUGCCGAGUCUUUCGGAAUUGGACGCGUAUGAUUACCCCAAGCUGGGUUACUUGGAUAUACAAGGUGUUUUACAAAAUGUGCCCGCUUUGGAGAGGGUUAACAUUGAAACUAAGGAUUCAGCUAUUGGUAGUGAUCAACUCAUAACUGUUUUGCAUCCGCGGUUGAGGGAGUUAGGGAUUAGAGGGGAAAGAUUAAAAAGUAUUUCAUCUGGGGCUCUAUCGGGGAUCAAAGCUGAUUGCAUGAAGAUUAAUUUGAUGAAUACUUCACUGACCUCCCUACCACCUGCAUUGUUUUUCUCUGUACCAAGAUCUUCCAGGAUUAAUUUGGAUGUAACUGGAAGUGACUUGAGCACCUUGAGUCCGCAAAUUUUGGCCACCUUGGAGGAUAGAAGAGGAGAUUUGAGGAUACAGGGUUUGGAGUCCAACCCAAUAAUUUGCGACUGCAGUGCCAGAGCGUUGAGGAGGUGGUUGCCCAGCCAUAUGACUACGAUUAUGUGUUCUGGACCUGAGCAUUUAAUUGGAAGGUUAUUGGUUGAGAUUGGUGAUGAUGAAUUAACCUGUGAUCCCAGGAAAGUAACUACCACCACUACCACGCAAAGUACGACUUUGUUCACCAGAAAUACAAGACCGUUGAGUAAAACAACAGAACCCGAGAUAAUCUGGAGCUUACCUCCUGCCACAGAGAAGUCCAAGGCGACCCCAAAGAAACCAAUCGCAGGUCAAACCACGUUAAACAACGACGACACCCUAAUAAUAGGCAUAGUAGGCGGUGUAGUGGCCUUCAUAGCCAUUCUGAUCAUAAUAAUUUGCAUAAUACGCUUGCGCAUGACCAGCAACCAGUACAGAGGCGGUACUUUACCCAACGGUACCCCGGUGAUGCCUGUAAUGGGGCCGGGUAGUUCGUGCGCGUGCAGCGUUAAAGGGGGGGCGCCACCCGUCUACGCGUACGGCCCUGGAUACGCGUCCACGUUGCCGCAUAAAAUGUCGACUUUGGGUGCGGGCCCGCAGACGAUGAGGCCCUCGAAUUACAGCACCAUGGGUAGAGUGCCUUACUACCAGAACAACCAGCAGCAGCAGCCAUAUUUUAUAGCUUUCCCGUCCGAUGAGAAGAUUUAUCGGUAGUUAUGUUUAUGGCUUUUAGUGUGCUAUUAACUAUUUUAGUUUAGGUUUUUGAUGAUGCCGAGUGUUGGACACAGUGUGUAUUUUAUCUGUUGAGAUUUUUAAGUGUAUUUAAUAAAUGCGUUUUAUUUAUAUUACC